AUGCCUAAACCAUCUGAAGAAGUAUGGAGAAAAUCGGAAGAAGGUUUUCGUGAAAAGUGGAAUUUUCCUAACGCGAUUGCUGCCAUUGAUGGAAAACACGUGUUGAUACAGGCACCACCGCACAGUGGAUCAAAUUAUUUUUGUUAUAAAAAACACUUUAUCGUAGAUAUUGGGGCUUUUGGUAAAAACUCUGAUGCUAGCAUUUUGCGAAAUUCUAAUUUGGGUAAAGGGUUACAGAAUGGAACACUAAAUAUACCUUCACCAAAAAUACUACCAGGGGGCAAUGACGUAUUACCUCACGUCAUAAUUGGUGAUGAAGCUUUCCCAUUAUGCACGAAUUUGAUGCGACCAUACCCACGCGACGAUGCACAAAGAAACGAAGAAAAAAAAGUGUUUAACUAUCGGUUGAGUCGUGCUAGAAAUACUGUGGAAAAUACAUUUGGAAAAUAG